AUGGUGCAAGACUGGUUCGAGCAACUCUUCGGAUUCGUAGAGGUGGACUAUGACAGAACCAAGCAGCUGCUGAGAGUGCAUGGGUCGGAUUCGGGGCUUCUUCUUGAGAGCUUGGUGAACAAGAAGAGCUACUGCGUGGGCAGCUUCGGAACUCCCAGCCUUGGAGAGCUUCGAGCAGAGUUCCUCAGCCUCGGAGAGCACGGGCGAGGGCGACUCCAAGUGCAGAACGAGAUUGGGGACGUGGCAGCAAAACAUGCACUUCCCGCAAAUCGACAUGCCACAUUUCAGGUGGCAUCUCAAUUCAACUGCCUGGAGUUUGUGGGGCCGUCUGUAACUCCAGAAGAUGGAAUCACUGGCUACGUGCGGGACCGCACACAAGGUCCGGCCUGUUCAAUUGCAUGUGGCCCUGCGACGGCGUAUCGAAACUUCUUUGCUCCGGUCCGUGGCCAGACAGGUCAAGCAAGUCGGAAUCAGAUCAAUAACCUCGAGGAUUUGUGUGUCGAGAUCGACAGGAAAUCGGCGAAGCGGCGAAGGGGAAGCGAUGGAUUUUCCGGCCCUUCGUUGGGAAGCCGAUUUCUUGAGGUCCGUGGGGGAUAUACGCUCGCCUCGCACCGGCAACUAGCACACCUGAACGCCGUGCUCCGAAGCUUGAGCGAAGAAGAGCUGGACGAGCUGCGGCAGUGUCUGCGCGUGGGCCUCCACGCGGACGUGCAGGUCACCUCUUUUGCCUGGGGAUCUCGAGCAGUGAAGGACAGUGGGCAGCAGGUGACCCAAGUCUUUGGAUCGGCCUGCUCAGUUGCAUGCAACAGAGAGAGUUCGCAGCAAGACUGGGAGCCUUUGGCACGCUUGGUCUUGGAGGCCUCAUACGAGGCAACCUUGUUGUCAGCACUCCUCCAGGCUCGAAGGCAUGGUGGUGAAGAUGGCUCCCGGAGGGUGUUCUUGACGUGCCUUGGAGGUGGCGUCUUCGGGAACCACAUGGCAUGGAUUGCUGAUGCGAUGCGCCGUGCUUUCGCGUGUCUCCAAGACGAGGACUUGGACGUCCGCAUUAUCACGUACGCAGGCUCGCCUGCACCGGAGUUGGUGCGAUUGGAGCAGGAUCCCUUCGGCACGAAGUCCAAACCUGGUCCUCAGAGCACCGGCUCUUGCUAUGGUGGCAGUGGAACGUAG